UCCACCUUUUUUUUAAGUUAUAAAUAGCUCCCCCCCUAUCUGUGUUUUUGUUCAUUGCAUUCUUCUUCAACUUGUAUUACACACAUUUACCAGCUUCUUUAACCAGUUAACUUUGCUGCAACUUCAGUAUGAGCUAUUCCAAUUACUCAACUGGGUCUGGUGUUAGAGGUGGAAGGAGGACCUUUGAAUUUGGGAGGACACAUGUAGUUAGGCCAAAAGGAAGGCACCUAGCCACAAUUGUUUGGCUACAUGGACUUGGUGAUAAUGGUUCAAGUGCUUGCCAACUCUUGGAAUCUCUUCCUCUUCCAAAUGUUAAGUUUAUAUGCCCAACUGCUCCAACUCGUGCUGUGGCAUUACUUGGAGGAUUUACAUGCACAGCAUGGUUUGAUGUAGAGGAAAUUUCAGAGAAUGGUCAAGAUGAUCUUGAAGGAUUGGAUGCCUCUGCAGCACAUAUUGCAAAUCUACUGUCAACAGAACCUGCUGAUGUUAAACUUGGUAUUGGAGGAUUUAGUAUGGGUGCUGCUGUUGGGCUAUACUCAGCAUCCUGUUUUGCUGUUGGGAAAUACGCGAAUGGAAACUUCUAUCCGAUUAAUUUGAGGGCGAUAGUUGGACUUAGUGGUUGGCUUCCAAGUGCAAGGAAUUUGAGGAACAAGAUGGGAGGUUCACAUGAUGCUGCAAGGAGGGCCACGUCCUUGCCUAUUUUCAUCUGUCAUGGGAAAUCUGAUGAAGUAGUUGCAUAUAAAUUUGGGGAGAAAUCUGCACAAGCCUUGACUUCAGCUGGAUUUCGAAAUCUCACAUUCAAAAGCCAUGAUGGGCUUGGACAUUACACAAUACCAAUGGAGAUGGAUGAAGUCUGUAAUUUCUUGGUAUCCAGGUUGGGACUUGAAUGUUACCGCUGAAUUAAGGCGCCCUGAUUUGCCGUGUUUUGGAAGGAUUUCUGAGUUUCUGAGUACUGACCUGUGUAAACAAACAAGAAGAACAUUAUGGAUUGAAGAAUAUAGUUUGAGAGCAUACAGUAUAGCCUAUAGGAUCGUUUACAGAUAUUCUAUGAUAUGUUUUCGGCUACAUAAGCCUGUUUACCAAUAAAUUUCAUGUAAUUUAUUUUUGAAAGUUCUUUGUUUUUCAUCAGUUUUUUUGGGAUUGGUUUCUAGGCUUGUAGCUAAUGAGAUUGGUUGUUCUAUAAUACUAUGGUUUUUUUAUUAGAAUCUUUA